ACCGAACCUGACCAGCGACUCGAACCGAAACCAUGACAAGAAUUUGAAAAGUUUUGGACUUUGAUUCUGAUGUCAAACCUCCCAUAAACAGCUUCGGAGUCGCAAACCGCUUGAUUUUUGUUUUAGUAUUUCUUAAAUUUGAUCAAUUAAUGCUGCUGUUUCUUGUCUUCUAAAUUUGAAUUAUCAGUUUUUUUAGUUGCACGAUUGAUCAACAAUGGGCAAGAGAAAGCCUCAAAAUGGAAAUAUUGCUGCGAUUCCAAUGUCAGCUGUUUAAAACUUGGGAUCGAGCUGUUUAAAACUUGGGGGAUAGCCAGCAAGGGACCUAUCCGGUCGGAUGGGGAUUAGUCCAAAUAUGGAAGGCUUAAAUGUCAUAGUUGGUAUCUGUAUCCGUCCAGGAAAACUCAUGAACCCUUUACAAAAAAAAUAAAAUCUUGUGCCUUUGCAAUAGUAAUGUUAUCAUGAAUUUCUGUUUGGGCAUUGUUAUAUGGAACUGAGAAAGUUCACUUGCUGUUAAUGUGCAUGAUUUACCCUUACCAAUUUACUGCAUACUUUCAAACAUGUACUGUUCGUAUAGUCACUCACUUUUAGCUGAUCUUUCAAAUGCUUAAUGAAUGAAAAGUGGAGAAAUUACGGAUUAGCAUAUUUUGUUUUUGACAGAGGUUUAUUCUCGACUGUGUAAGCAUCGUUCAUGUUGGAAACACAUGGUAUUGAGCUUGUAUACUCAUGGAAAGAAGAUAAAUAAACAAAAAGCUGAAGAGGUGAGGAGAUUAGCUUUGGUAUUCCCGUGCUCUUUCGGUACUUUUCCUACUCGUGAGCGAUCAAAGAGGAGAAUUAAGCAUGACCGCCCAAUUGUUAAAGCUACUAAUGAAGAAAAGAAAAAGGAAAAGAUGCAUAGUGGAGAAUUUGACUGCUACUUUUUGAAUUUGUGGAAGGGAUUCUCAGAAGAUAAGAGGAGUGAAUUUGCUUACCUGGAUAGUAUGUGGUUCGGCUUAUACUUGACAGCAUCCUUUAAAGGAAAAGUACUUACUUGGAUACGGACAAAGCAAAUUUUUUCAAAGACAUAUGUCAUUGUUCCUAUUGUUUGCUGGGGUCAUUGGAGUGUCUUAAUAUUGUGUCAUCUCGGUGAGACUUCUGAAUCGAAGGACAGAACACCCUGUAUGUUGUUGCUGGAUUCACUUGAAAAGGCUAAUCCAAGGCGUCUUGAGCCAGAUAUAAGAAAAUUUGUCUUAGACAUAUAUGGAUCAGAGGGCAGGGCUGCAAAUAAAAAACUGAUUUCUAAAAUUCCAUUAUUGGUACCCAAGGUUCCGCAACAAAGAAAUGGCGAAGAAUGUGGCAACUAUGUUCUCUACUUUAUAAAUUUGUUUAUGCAGAAUGCUCCAGGUGAAUUUAGCAUCAACAAGUACCCAUAUUUCAUGGAUAAGAACUGGUUCAGCCCUGAAUGCUUGAUGCGUUUUUUUGAGGAACUGGAAUUAUUUGAAAAGUGAAUUGUAAUGAUUGCUAUCACUGAGUAACUGUGAAUAGCUUUUUGAUUCGAAUCGUUUGAGGUUAUACAUAGUUGAAGUAGCAGUCAUCAUGUACAUAUCUUUCCUGCAAAUUGCAGAUGGGAAGUUUGACAAUUUUGUCAUAUUUUUUUUAAGUUAGAUCAUUUUCAAUUGCACAAUCUUGGUGUUUGACAUCCUGAAUCUCAGAACUGUAAAUUCAAAAAUAUAUAACAUUUAAACUAUCAGUGAA